UGGUACUUCUGGCACCCUGGCCGGCGGGGCGCGCUCGGGAGGCUCCUGUCUGUGGCCGCGCGGCCGAUCUCAGGGCGGCCCUCGUCUGACGGCCGCUGCCUGGCGUUUCACGCUUGGCCCCUCCGGCGGCCGUCCCGGCGGCGGGAGUUGGCUACGGGAUGUGCUCGGCCGGGGAGCUGCUUGGCAGCGGCAGCGGCGGGGAGCGCGACGAGAACGGGGACGCACUGGCGGAGCGGCCGGCGGCGGGGACGGAGAGGGAGCCCGGGGCGAGCCCGCGGCGGCGCGGGCAGCGGCCGCUGGCGGAGCGCGAGCAGGAUAUUGAAGAAUCACAAAACCACACUGGCGAGCCUGUUGGAGAUGACUACAAAAAGAUGGGAACACUUUUUGGUGAACUGAACAAAAACCUCAUCAACAUGGGCUUCACAAGGAUGUAUUUUGGAGAACGAAUUGUGGAACCAGUAAUAGUUAUUUUCUUUUGGGUUAUGCUGUGGUUCCUUGGUCUACAGGCCCUUGGACUAGUUGCUGUUCUUUGCCUUGUCAUUAUUUAUGUGCAACAGUAAAAAAUGGCUAAAUAAGCCAUUGUUUGACAUUUGGUAGCCAGAUAUGUAAUUGGUGAAGUUCUAUAUUUCACUACAUGAAAGCUGAAAAAUUUGCCUUGUUUCAAAUUAUGUGCUGUUUUGUAAUUAAAUUUGUAAGUGGAUGUUGUUUAAAAUUAAACUCAACUCUUAAUUAUAACAGGGUUGAACAUACAUUUUGUAGCUUAUUCAAAAGUCUUGUUUUACUACUGUGAUCUGUGCCCACUUUUAAAUACCCCUCCCUACUCCCAUGCCAAGUCUUAACACCACCAAAAAGUGGGCAGGAAAAAUAACUGGAUAUGGGAUUCAAAUCGGGCAAUAGAGGUGUUGUAAAGAAUUCCAACAAAACAUUUCAGAAUAAACAGGAUGAAACAAGGAUAUUUAAAAUGUUUUAAUGGUAGAUUUUCCCCACCCAUACCCACCAAAUAACCCCAUGUUAUUUGGGAAAUAAUUUGGAUAUCUAUGGUUCCUGCUCAGAUCAAAUCAAUAUAAAUGGGAAUUACAUAUACACUACCUUAAAAUUGUGAUAAAAACCAGUAAAGCUAGCAUAUUUUCUAAAGAUUGAAAAGAAUAUAUUUAUUAUGGCUGGUGAAACUUCCCAAGUCCAAUGUAACUUUUUUAUAAUGUAACACUUGGGUCUGGAAUCACUUCAGUAUAUCAUUUGAAGUUUUAGACACUUUUGGUGCUAAUUACCUUUUGUGAAUUUUUUAACUCUCAUAAGACAUGUCUAUUGCUGGCUGUACCCCAUGGUAAUGCUGUAUUUUCUUGUAUCUAACAAGUUGCAUAUUUUUUUCCUAGAGAGACAUUUUCCAUGUAUUUUUUUCCAGAAAUUUACAUUUUGUAGUUCUUUUAUAACAAUUAUUCUAAGAUUUAAAAAAUCUAUUUCCUAUUUUGGCAUGGAUUUUUCCCCCAAAAUUGAUUUAUAUUAUGGCUGAAAUUUUUUACUAUGCCUUUAAGAAAACAAAAAAAAAAAUCAGUUCAUUUUCUUUGAUAUUUGUAUUGGAAAGGUUCAGUAUUAUAGUACCAAACCAAAUGCUUAAAUUUGGAAUUUAAUAGCCAAUUGUAAUAAUAUUCCUCUAAGGCUAAAGCCAAGUCAGUAAUUGGCCAGUCAUGUUAUUAGUGUGUCUUAAUUCAGUGCUUUGGGAUUUUGUAUUGAAAUAAGCAUUUCUUUAAAUACACUUUAAAAAUAGAAAGUGGCUUAGUGAUAUUUUGGAUUUUGUUAAAGAACCUAAAACCUGUACACUUUUGUCUCAAAGACGUUCUAUAUACAUGAAGGAGGGGUACUAAAGAUAAUUAUCUAAAAACUCAAAUUAAGUAAGGGGAAAAUGGGACAAUGGGAUAUUUUUGUCUUUGGCAAGGCAGUAACUAAAGAGUAUAAAGUGUUUAAUAUUCCACUUUGUAAAGUUUUUACCCAAUCCUGUUUUAAAAAUUUAUUCUAUAAGUUCUCAGCAUCUUCCACGCUGAAGCAGAAAACUGAUAAAAAAAAUGUUCAAGUUAGAUUCUAAAAUCAGAUAAUCCUGAACACAAAUAUCAAUCAGAGGGCACUAAAAAGAUAUUGUGUAUUUGUAUAAAUACGGACCUUUAAAGUUUGACAAAAAAGGAAGACUUUGUAUUAUAUCAUUGUGUUUUUAUUGGGUUUGAAAUAUUUUUAUAGUAACCUUUAUGAAUUUAGCCUAAGUGCAAGUUAUUUGAAAAGGUGUCUUCAUUUGUGUACAGUAGAAUUGUGAGGUUAUUAAGAGACAUCAUGAGAUUUUGUAUAUCUGAAUUAAAUAUUAAAAAGUGUAUUCUUUUCUAAUGCUACCAAGAAUUUUAAUUUUCCUUUGGAAUAUAAAAAAAGAUACAGUAUGCAUAAUAAUAGCUCUGGUUCCACCAGUGCUAAUAUUGAAAAUAUUUUAAAAGUAAGUUUAAAUAGUAAUUAUUUAGUGUACUGCCAAUACUAUGUAUCUAUACACUGCUGUUAAUAGAGUACAUGUUAAAUACAUAAACAAAUGAGAUACUUUGCUACUCUUCCUGCAUUUUUGUAUUGGUUAGAGCAGUACACCAUCAUAUUGUUUGCUUUGUUAGGGAAAAAAACAGACUCUGCUUAUUUGAUGGAAAUAAUAUAUUUUCUUUUAUGAAAUAUAAUAGAAUGUAGUUAAUACUUAUACCCUGAAAUGAAAAGAAACUGGUCACUUCUUUGGUUCAUGGUAUAAGGAAUUAGAUGAAAAAUGACUCUCAAUCAUUUCAAUCUCAGAUACAAGCCAAUUUUAGAAACUGUUACUCCUUAUGAAUAAAGACAUGGAAGUUACAAUGCUAAGGUUAUUAGAUUAUUCAUGUGUAUGUAAUUCAUACCACAGUUCUCAAUUCAAAGGGAAAGGUCAAGAUCUACAAAUAAACUGACUACACAUGAAUAGGUCAAUUUUCCCUCAAGUAGAAACUCAGUAUUUUGUAGAAUUCAGUUCCCUCAUAUCUUAAGCUGUGAUCCGCAAGGUAGUUUCCCGUUCCUGGCCACCAGCCAAUCACACUUGGUCCAGUAGUGUGCUGGAGCCAGUUUGCACUGACUUGCAAGGGACAGUUGUGUACAUCCCCCUAGUUUGCCUUCAGUAACAUCAGUUGGUAGCUUGAAAUUGUCUGUGAAGGGAGUAUUCACAUUUACACUAUAAAAACUGGCAAACACAACAAAUCAGGGCUCUUUUUUUUCCUGGCAAGCCAGUUAUUAAACAUAUAUCAGCAUGCCACCUAUUAGCCACUCUAGAGGUCACAUCCCCGUUUUGACUUCUAUGGAUAUAAAAGGAAGCAUGUUGAGGCAAAUCCCCAUCAACCAAUGUAAAACUGUAUUUGGAUCUUUUCCAUGUGGGAAUUAAUGAAUUACGGUUGUCUUCUGACCAACACAUCUCUAUGUGUUUUGAUCAGAGAAAAUCUCUCUGGGCUGUCGCUGGGCUGCACGUAAUGUUAAAGGCUAUCCAAAUGAUCAGGAAAUAAACAGUUAUAGAACUGAUGUAAGGAAAAUUACAGCAUAAGGAAAGAUUCAUUGCAAAGUAGAAAGUUCAAAAUAGUCAAAGCUAGAUAUUGAGCAGUCAAAGGCUAUUUGGUUUGUAGAUUAUAUUUAACAGUUAUUUUACAAAUGUUUACUGAUUUUAGGUCAUGUUAAAUGUUUUUAUUGUCAACCCAUGUCUUCACAAGGUAAAAGAAGACAAACAAUAGAAGACUUUCAUACCUUUUAAUACUUGUAGUACUAGACUUGGCCAAGGAGAAUAUAAGGAGAACACAGCCUGUUUUCUCAUCACCUUACGCAUUGCCUUGAACAAUGUCACCACUCCCAUGGCAUCAGUUACCAUUUCAUACUAACAGCUCUCCAUUGUGUAUCUCCAGUUCAGAACACUGUACGAAUAUAAAAUCCAUACAUUCAAUUGCUUGCCCAACAUUUGUACUUAUUUAUCCCUUAGUACCUCUGAUUCACUGUAUCCAAAAAAACAAAAAAAAUAAAAAGGAACUCAGGAUCCUUUUCCCAAACCUUUUUAUCUUUCUGUGUUUCCAAUCUCAGCAAGUGAUAGUUGUCUCAGAAACUGCCCACAUAUAACCAGUCACCAAGCCCUGUCUAUUUUAUUUCCUAAAACAAUGUCUUUAAUCUUUACACUUCUCUUGAUUCCCAGUAUCACUAACUUGGUUCAUACCACCUUCAUCUCCCUAGAUUGCUAUCUCAGAAUCCUAGGUGGUCUCCCCUGCCUUCGUUUUCCACUCCACAGUCAGAAUAAUCUUUCUAAACCAUAACUCUGAUAUCUUUGGCCUAAAUCUUUUCAAUGGCUUCCUGUCGCCAUUAUGACAAAGUGCUUUUAUAAGGCUCCUCAAGAACUGGUUCUUGUAUACUUCAUCUCUCUAUACUACUACCAUCCCUUUCUAAGACUUAGCUUUAGGAAUUAGUUUUUCUGUUCCUUGUGAGAGAAGUGCUUACUCACUUCCAGAACUCUGUACAUGCUUUAGCUUCUUUAUUUAAUCCCUCCCCACCAAACUGACCAACACAUCCACAGCUUUAAGACCUUUAGACACAAUGUCCCCCAGGAAAAUUUCUCUGACUCUUAAAUCCAGUUUUGAUAUUUCAUGUGCUUUCUGAGAACCCUGUGCUUCCCUUAUCAGCACUUGUCAUGCUAUAUUAUAACUAUAAUAUAGCUAUUAUAAUAGCUUAUUUGUCAGCUUCUUCCUUUAGACAACAGACUUCACAAGGGUAGAGAACAUGUCUAACUGGUUCAUAAAUUGCAUUGUCAAACACAAUGCCUGGCACAUAAUACAUACUCAAAAUAUUUAGCAGAUUAAUAAACCACCUUCAUUUAUUCGUGUACUCCCUAUAGUGCAUUAACAAAGAUUUAGCACUGGUUGUACUUUAGAGUUCUUUAACUCCAAAAGUAUGCUUAUUGUGCAUAAAGAAAGAAAGUGAAUUGAUGUAUAUGUUAUCAUUUAUAAAGUUUGUUCACUUUUAAUGGAAGAAUAUAGCUGUUAUUUGCAUAUACAGUAUUACUACUAUUCACUUGCAUAUUUUUAGGAAACUGUGUGAAUUUUCAGUGUUGUACUUGGUAAAAUCACUAUUUCUCCAGAAAGGAUACUUUCGAAUGCAUAUGGUCACUGAUGCUACCUAAAUUUCAUAUGUUCCAGUAUUUUUCAAUAGACUUUUAUCUACUAAAUUUUAAUUAAAAAAAAAAAAACACAGAAGUUGUGAGGAGGAAUUCUCAAGUAUCUAAGCUUGGAUAUUUUAGGCUACAGAAUAAAUUCACUACUAGAAUGUUCUAGUCACCCAGAUCAUAAAUGUUAAAUAACAUGUAUAUAAAGUAGUUUGUUAUUUUUUCCAAUAAAUAAUACUCUUUCACAACCUUA